AUGAGCGCGACCACGCAGGACCACCACCACCACGACGUCGGGCCCGAGGUGGUCGUCGUUGACGAGGACCCGUGGGCCGCGGCGGCUGCGGAAGCCGCCGACGACGUGCAGAUCGACGACGACCCCUGGGCCGACGAGCAUGACGAGCUCGAUGCGCACGCGGUAGAGGCCUCUUUAGGCGGGGUACUUGUGCGCGAGGCGGAGCGCGACGCGGCCACCGCGCCAGCACCAGCACAUGCCAAGCCAGCGGCGCAUGCCGAGGCCGAGGCCGAGGCAGGAGCGACCGCGCCAGAGCUCGUGCCGCUCCCGCCCGACGACGAAGACGAUGACGAGGCCAAACCCUCCCCCGUGCGGGCCGACACGCCGCUCCGCGAGCUAGAGGAACGCGCCGCACCACUCGGCGGCAAGGACACGGCCACAGCGGACGCCGAAGAGAAGCAGUGCCGGAUCUGCCUUGGCGGCGUCGAGGACGAGGAGGACAUGGGGAGGCUGAUCAGCCCGUGCUUGUGUACCGGCAGCAUGCGUUAUGUCCACGUCAAGUGCAUUAACCAGUGGCGAGGUACUGGCCCGAACGCGAAGAACUUCCUCCAAUGCCCGCAGUGCAGCCACCAGUACCGGAUCCAGCGGACGCUGAUCUUCGGCCUGGCCACGUCCAAGAAGAUCCUGGCGCUGGUCACGCUCGUGCUGUUCACGUUCCUGACCCUCGUGGCGGGGCAGGUGCUCCUGCGCAUCCUCAUGGCGUCGCUGGAAGAAGCCAACGCCGCGAAGAAGGCGGCGCAGGAGGCGGCCGCGCGCGGCGAGCCCGCGCCCGAACCCGUGUGGGAGAGCGAGAGCGGCGGCACGGCAAUCUACGUGUUUGGCGCAGGGCUCAUGUACGACGUCAUCAUGGAGGCCGUCGACACGUUCCUCGAUAUCCUGAUGGACGGCUACCGCGCGUGGGGGCGCGGCCGGAAGGGCUGGGUCGCCAACGCCAUCAUGUGGUUCCUCUUCCGGUUCAUGCUGGGCAUUGCGGCGCUCGGGUCCCUCAGCUUUUUGAGCCUGCUCGUCUCGCUGUCGCUCUUUGCGCCGCUCCAGCUCGUGCACACGUUCCGCGGCACAGGCAUCUUCGACGGGCUGCGCAACCGCCUCCGCGGGAGAGGGUAUCUGCUCGUCGUGGCCAUGGUACUCAUCGGCGUGUUCAACAGCAUUGUGCAGGUGUACGACGUGGUGCAGGCGAUCACCAUGAGCGGGCUGCAAUACGUCGAGACGCAGAUCCUCGAGGUCAACGCCGACGCGCCCGCCGAGCGACAGGCGCCGCCGACGUGGCGGCAGCGCUGGUGGGCCGAGCGGCGGUGGCGCACCAUGCAGGGGUGGUACGAGGUGCUGACGCGCGCGUGGGUGUGGCUCAAGGAGCGGGUGCGGGCGUGGCGCACCGCGACGCAGGAGCGCGUCCGGGCCGGGUUAGAGCAGGGCCGCGAGGUCGAGGCGAGGUGA